AACCAUUACCCAUAGAUUAGUGAGGCAUUAAACCAGAGUAUGCCCGGGGUAGCAACGAUGGCAGACCUGUAGGCUAACAUGCAUAGGGCUGUGGACGAUGUGAGAUGGGAACUACUCUCCUGCUAGGGCUGUGGACGAUGUGAGAUAUAAUCUAUCCACGUGCAAGGGCUGUGGACGAUGUUGGAUGUAUACAGAAAGAGACGUCAUCUAACGAGCAGCCAUUGUAAGCCUUUACAUAAACAAGGGUAAAGGUAUGGUCGGGAGAUGGCGGUGUUUUACAUCAUAUAAAUAGUGUUCCGUGAUAUAUGAAAACUUACUUCCGGGCUGCAGCCGUUGACUUGAUGCAAUGAUUGAUGGAGUGUGUGCUACGAACGGAGCGUGUUUUAUUGGAUGGUAUUCAAGGAAAGUGAGGGUAUUCGAGUGUUUGAUAAAGCCGUGUUAUGGUUUCACUGACAGCUGCCAUAAUUCACUGUGAUAAAACUGUGCAGGUCAGCAACACAUUGCUCAGUGACGAGGAACGACACAAUCCCUCUGAAUGCAUAUCGUACAGAGUAUAAUUGUCACAUGCGUGAACCUUUAUUGACCGUUAGCUAAACCAAAUAAUUGAUCUCCAUAUUCUACGCAACCAGCAUCCAGCAACAUCAACAUAGUGCAGGGUCAGAAAUUGCUAUCACCUCUGUUACGUCAUAGUUGACAUCAGACAUUAACAGGCUGUCGCUGGGAAAUAGACGUUCUUGCUAGACACCAAUAGCAUGUCGAUAGGACAAAGACGUCCUUGGUAGACAUCAACACGCCGUCGACAGGACAAAGAUGUUCUUACUAGACACCAACAGGCUCUCGUUAGAUAGAAGACUUACACACGAACAGACUGUGGCUGGGCGAGAGACGUUAUCAGUCCACGUUUAAUAUUAGUAUUUCAAUAUACAUUGUCUGUCUGUAUAUGUGCAGGUUCAAAAACAGUACAACAUAGCUAUCGUCAAGGUAAGCAUCUUCGGAGACCCCUUGGAGCAGUCAGUACUCAACGCGAAUAUUGGUAUCACAGGACAUGAUGAGGCGGUGUCAGGACCGGAACGCCGGCCCGCUCUCGGAGAGAUACAUCAUCAUCCCUGAGGACUUGUUCCAGGACCUGACCAGAACUCCCACGACCAUCGACCUGACUCUGCAGAGACACCACCAUGGUACACAGAGGACCGCCGGUACCUACCCCCGGCCUCGGCCCCUACCCUCGCUUGACUGGGCCAGACACCACCCCCGGGAGAAUGGUUAUAGACUAUUAGGGGUGCACAGACCGAGAGUGUUCAGUGCGAUGGAUCAUGGCACUGAUCCUAACGAGGAUUCCAAUGACGUCAUCAGCCAGGUUGCUCGAGCCAACUUCCUGAAGGCUGACUCUUCCUAUAUUUUGCCUCAAAUCCGCGCGUCACCUUGUCUCAUGCAUUCCAAACAGAGCAGACGACAGGAUCUGGUUUACUCAACAAACCAUCAUGGUGGCAAGGUUCCUGUUCACCUUGGUCAUAGUUCCAGGACUAUCAGAGACAAAACAGUGAGACAAAGUGUUCACAAAUAUAACUUUGAAACAAAGCAACAUGAAAGUCUUACCACCAAACCAUCCUCAGAUGUGGCGCACAAGCGCCCCCGGCUUCCUGGAGAGUGUAAAUCCCAAGACUUGGUCAUGUCCUGGCUCCUGCGCGGCUCCGCACCAGCCGAUCAGAACCACUUCCCAGAUAUUGUUAAAAACGGACAACAAAACAAAACGUCAAAACAGCGACAUAUGAAUUCUUUAGUCAGUGAAUAACGCACUAAGAUACGUUUCUUUUAUCAUUUCAUAUUUCGCUUCCCGCUACUGACCCGUACACCGUCGCUUGAAGAUGGACGGGGUUGGGACCUGUUAGUAUUUGGCCACGUACAGAGUAGCAUAGACAGAAUAGUGUUUGUGUUUAACGGUGGUGCUAGUGAUGUAAGAAGUUGGACACGGCCAAAUAUUGACUACUGAUUCAACUUUAAUGCUAUCAGGUACUGUUGUUAUUUGUUUUUGCGUUUCAUUGAAAGACGAUAUGACUCCCCUAUUAAUGAAGACAGCAUCAGUGAAGGAUGCGGGACACACAAGUGCUCGUUGUGUGUGUAUCAUUAUAGUGUAUGGAGCUCUAGAUACAAACGUUCGCUGUGUCUGUGCGGAGCUCCACGCACAAGUGUUCCUUGUGUUUGUAUAUGUGCACUGUCGACCCCAGAAGUGAUUUGACAAGGGUGUCAAAUACGGAAGUAAGAUGAAUGUUGUGUCAAAACUCGAGGUGAGAUACACGGGAAGUCGGAGACGGAAGUGAGAUAGACGGGGAGUCGUAGGCGGAAGUGAGAGAGACGGGGAGUCGGAAGCGGAAUUGGGAUUAACGGGGAGUCGGAGGCGGAAGCGAGAUAGACGGGGAGUCGGAAGCGGAAGUGAGAUAGACGGGGAGUCGGAAGCGGAAGUGAGAUGAUCAGGGAAGUGAAUGUCUCCUCAGUAUUGAUGACCACGAGGUGGCUAUAAAACAUGUCUCGAGAUAUCCAGGGAGAAGUGUUAUAAUGGGUGGCAGAGGAAAAGUCUCAAAUUCAGUGCCUGUAAUUAAAGCUUCGAGAAGUUUUAACUCGUGGCUCUAGAACAUGCUAUAGCCUACAGUCUUAUGCUCUAAGCUUGGCACUUUUCUGUAGAGUACCAACUUGAUGGUGUCAUAUAUGUACAUAUAAUUAAAAGUGUGAAUAUUA